GGGCGCCAUAAGAACCAUUGGAGCGGCAGCCUGACUACCGUACGCCAUACCAGAGACAUCGACAGCGCAAGCUAACCAGCAUGGCUUCCGACGACCCCAAAUUCGACUUUACUCGUGUCUCUUCCCCGACAGAGCACCUGUUGGACAAGACAGAGAUGAUGCGUGAUCUCCCGCGCCACGAUGAUCCUCCGUGGUCCCCCCAUGACCUCCACGGCGCCAACGCUGGCCUCGGCCUGGCAAUGGCUCCCAAGGAUGGUUAUGAGCCCUCUUCGUCGGACGGCACGAGUGUUUGCACCCCGUCUGCCGUUGACCUUGGCCAUGGCUUGAUUGAGGUUAUGAGCACCACUGACCUCGAUCUCGAGGACGUUGACCUCGGCCUCGCUGUGCAAAACGUGGCGGAUGACCUCGAUCUUGAGAAGGUGGGUGUCGAGUUGCGCAUCGGAUGGAAUGACCGC